UCCUUCCUCCUCCAAGCGCUGCCGCCGGCAGGGCCCUCAGAAGCACCGCCCGCAAACGCGCACGCCCUCCGUGGGAGCGGCCGCGCGGCGAGUGCGGGCGCCAAGACGAAGUCCGCCUCAGCCGCAGGAAACAAUAUUAUAAUUACCGAGCCGUGCGCAACAGACUCCGUCACUCCUACAUCCCCAUUCCUUUCCUGGCUGACCUCCUCCGACGUCCAAAGGGGGGCGCCGUGGCGUGGCGACACGAGGCUACCCUCGGCGCAAAAGGCCGCGGCACGGCGCCAGCAUCGCGCGCCAGCGAAAAAGGGCGUGCAGCUGCUCGGGGGGGGGCGCCGUCGGCUCCGGGUCCUGCACGGCUCGUGGAGCGAAUUCGGCACGGGCCCGCCGCCGCAGACUACGCAGGUGGCGCGGCGGGUGCACCUACUGGGAAAAUCUCGGCGGCACGCAGGAGGGUGGCCCUGGCCAGGAGGGAAACCAUCUGGCGCGCGGCUUGCCGACAGGUUGCGCGCGACGAUGAUGGCACCUCGCGGCCUGCCCUGCUUGGGCUUGGCCCCCCCGCGCCCCCCGAGAGCCGCGCGCCAGGAGUCGCGGCUCGGCGAAGGGCCGCUCUCGCGUGCAGCCGAAGAGCAUUCCGGCCUCACGUGCCAGGCAGCCCAGACGAGCACCGUGACAGGACUGCCGGCUGCCCGAGUGCAGCGCAGACGCAGCAAAAGUUGUCCACGGCGCCGGGCCUGGCGGCCGCUCGCGCGCUCUUCCUUCAGCAGCAGGAGCACAGGGAAAUAGCGACACCACCACCACCAGCGCGAGGCGCCAGGGAGGGCCCUCCUGGUGGUGCGGUCCCCACCUCGCCAUCGCUCG